AGAAACGAGACACCACUUUGGUUGAAGACCUCGUAAAAGAUGAAGAUUUUAGUUGUUGUCAUUUGCGUGGUUGGUGCUGUGUACGCAGGACAGUGCCCCAAAACGUGCAAGGAGAAAGAGGCAGAAUUUGACGCUUCACCUAAAAAGCCUGGCAUGGAACGGCCAAUCUGUACCCCUGAGGGCACGUUUGACAAGAAGCAGUACCUUGGGGCUGGGAGUUAUUGUGUAGACGAAUGUGGGGUUGAACUGGCGGACUAUGAAUCGAAAGAUAGAUGGCUCCCUCACGACUGCUCGUGCGCUCGUGACAAAGCCGAUGCUGGUGUGUACACAAAGCAUCCAGACUGCGAUAGAUAUGGGGCUUACGCUGCUCGUCCGAAGGUCUAAGAUGAGAUGGAACACGCCAAAAAUUACUUCUGAAUCAACAGCACUGAGUGGAUACGAAUGAAAUCCAACUCUUCAAAAACUGCUACGUAGAUUUAAGUUUUAAUGAAUCAAAUAUUUAUCAAAUAAAUGACCUAUGAUGUGAAAAACUUCGUUGGA